CAUGCAAAGGCUCAUGGGAUACUACGGCAGUUGUCGCUUCCUGCACACUGGCUUGCACCGAGUUGUGGUAGUUUGAUUAUAUAGUUAGCUAAUGCAAAUGGUGUACGUAUGAAGUUGAGACACAUUUGACAGCAAUGGCGAACAACUGUGCUUUUUCAAGUUGUUCAAGUAACAACUGCAGUCUGCCCAGCCUUCCUCCCCUCUUCAGGUUCCCAAGAAACAGCGAAAGAUGCAAGAAGUGGAUUGAAAACUGCAAUCGCAUUGAUCUUGAAGACAAAACCCCAGACGAGUUGUACAGACAGUACAGACUUUGUGCGAAACACUUCAAAGAUUCAGUGAUGGAAACAACUCUUCACAACACUGCAUUGAAGGAGGAUGCUAUACCAACCAUAUUUGAUUCAUCAGGCCAGCCCACUAACCCCACAAGUGGACAGUGCAAGCGGAAGGGAGAAAUUCAAGAUGAUCCACAGGACAGUAAAGUGAAGAAAGAUGACUUAAUAGAGAAAACCGAAGAUGACUCCCAAAUAAUUAUGGAAAACACAGACCCCAGAGAGAUCAUAAAAUCCAUUUGUGAAGUUCUUCUGGUGCUAAGCAAACAAAAUAUUCCCUUGAACAGGCAUGCUGUAGAUGUACAGGAGAGCGUCACUCUGAGUAAUGUGCAGGCAUUGUUAGAAUAUAGAAUGAGUGUUGGGAAUCAAGUGUUGACUCCUGGAAAAGAGCUCUGCUCCUCCACACAACUGAGUCAAAUGUUGGAGGUGUGUGAGAAUGGGGUUCGCGAGGAGUUCCUGCAGGAGGUCAGAGAAAGUCGCUUCUUCUCACUAGUCACAGAUGAUUUGGUGGACAUAGAAGAGCAGUGCCACCUCCCUGUUUUUUUGCGAUUUGUGGACCAGUCUAACUGCCUGCGGGAGGAGUUUGUCGGACUGCUUCCUUUUCAGGGAGAUGAGGAGACCCUAACAGAGCAACUGCUAUCUAUGGUAACUGACAAGUGGGGCCUGAAUAUAGAAAACUGCAGAGGGCAAGCCCACUUGUGCUCUGGUGUGCAUGCCAGCAAAAUGAAAGCCAUCUCUACCAGGUUAACAGAGAAGUAUCCUAUGAUACUGCAUUCGACAUUGUCAACAUUUGCUUUGAACACCUUUCUGGUAAAUAGUAUGUCACUGUCAGGGCCGCAGAUUGUCAUGUCUACUUUUAAGAAGAUUGAGUCCUUUUUCAAGGAUGCCCCUUCACUGAAAUUAGAGUUAGAAAAUGCCAUCUCGAUAUUCUAUCAAGGCAGGGAAGAGAAAACCAAUGAGUUGAAAGAGGCAUGUCGUACCAGCUGGACAUUAAGGCACGAUGCGUUUGAGGUGGCAGUUGAUAUCAUAGAAUCUCUUUUGCUCUGUGUGGAUAGUGUUCAUGACAAUGAAGACAUGAGGUGGAGCGAUGAAGUCACUCACAAUGCUUUAGAAAUAUCUACAGCCCUGGCUGAUUUUGAGUUCAUUAUAGCUUUGGUUGUGCUGAAAAACACCCUGUCGUUCACCCGUGCCUUUGGUAAGAACUUGCAAGGGCAAGCGACUGACACCUACUUUGCUGCAAAUAAUUUGACAGCUGUGUUGCACUCGCUGAAUGAGGUCUCUGACAACAUUGAUGUGUAUCACGAGUUCUGGUUUGAGGAAGCCAUCAACCUAGCUUCUGCAAUGGAGAUCCAAGUUAAGGUUCCCAGGCUGUACCUGAGAAAGCAUCGCUCCGAGUCUGGAACCGAGGUGCAGCCAGAGAAUUACUACAAGGAACACCUGUCUGUCCCCGUCGUGACCCAUGUCCUCAACGAAAUGAAGGAUCUGUUUACUGAAAGUCACGUCAAGGCCAUGAAAUGUCUGUUGCUGGUCCCUGCUGUCAUGGGUCAACUGAAGUUCAACGCAUCCGAGGAAAACAUGGAUGUGUUUAAAAAUGACCUUCCGAAUGCAGAGACUCUCCCUGCAGAGCUCCACUGCUGGUGGGUGAAGUGGAAGCACAGGGUCAAGGAUGUCACCACUCUGCCCUCCAGUGUCCCCGAAACCCUGCUGCUGGCUGAAGUGAAAUUCUUCCCCAAUGUGCUUGCCUUCCUGAAGGUGCUUGCCACCUUGCCGUUUUUGACGGCUGAGAGCAGUUGUGAUGCCGCCCGCAAACGGCUUAAACUGUACGUGGAAAAUACACCUGGCGACCACAGAUCCAAGAGUAUUAUUUUUUUGAACAUGCAUUAUAAUGCUACACACAACUUGGACUUCAUUGUAGACACCUACAUGGAGAAGUACCCUGAGAAAGAAUGAUAUGACUGGAGAAAGUGGCAUCUUUAUUAAAGUCAAUGUAAAUAUUGUUUGAUUACAAUGUGUGUGGUAUACAUAGAUGAGUCUGUUAUAUGUUGUAAACAAACAAAAAAAUCUGAAUAGAUUGAAUAGAUGAUGAUAGAAAUGUUUUAGGCCAACAUGGUGCUGUAAAAUGUAACAAAUACUGUUUAAUAGUCUUACAAUCAUACAAAAUAAUUUGAUGGAUGCAUUUAUCAUUUUCUAAUCCAAACUGUUAACGUGAUUACAGUAUUUUUACACAUUUGUUGUUCAAUAAAUAAGUAUAUA